AUGAGGCAGGAGCGAGUGCUGGUGCUGCAAGGCUGGCUGUUUGAUGAAGGGGCCGACUCCUACCCAGACAUAUCCGCCAACUCCAUCCCGCCCAACCCCACCUGCUGCGGCAACAACACCGCCGGCGCCGCCUUCACCUCCAACGGCCAAGCGCUUGUGACCGUCAACGGUGGCCACGCGCCCGUCAUCCACAUGCGCAGCGGCGAGUGGCAGCGCUGGCAGCUGGUGUAUGCCGCCUACAUGCGCUAUGUUGAUCUCGCUCUGGAGCCUGCCUCAGCUGCUGCAGCGGCAGCAGAUUCAGACCAGCAGCAGGAGCCUGGCACCGCAACCUGCGAGCUGGCGCUGCUGGGGAAGGAUGGCAUAUGGCUGAUGCAGAUCCCCAGGAGCGUGCCGCACCUGCUGCUGCCGGCGGGAGGCAGGGCAGAUGUGCUGGUGCGCUGCCGCGGCCUUCCAGGAGCAGAGGCUGUGCUCUCCAGCGGCUUUGGGCCUAUGUCGCAGCCGCCACACAUGUGCGUCGUGCCCAGCUGCACAGUGAUCACGCAGCCGGUGGUCGCCAGAAAUGAGGCCUGCACCCCGCUGCGAGGCAGCUACGUUGCUGACCUGCGCGACUCAGCGCUGGCGGCGGCGGGCGCCACCAACAAGGCAGAACUGCUGCCUGCUGCUGGACGCACUGUGGUGCGUGACACAGUCAUCUUCUCCCCAGUCGACCCCAAGAUUCCAUCUGAGGACUGCUUUGUCAAUGGCAAGCCCUUCAGCCUGCCUGAUCCGGCACCUCUGCGCGUGCCUCUUGGCAGCGUGAUGGAGUGGACCCUGGGUGUCCCCUCUGCAUCAGCCGACAACCUGGCCCGCUGGGCGCAGCUGACUCCGUACUUCCAGGUUGGGGACUGGCACGACGUCGUCUUCCUGCCCGCGGAUGCUCCCGCCGGCGGCGCAGCCGCCGUGCGCUUCCAGCCGGGGCCCUGGUCCGGCUACUCUGUGCAUCACUGCCACUUCCUUAUGCACGAAGAUACAGGAUGCAUGAAGGUGGUAAAGUGGGAGUGCCCUGGCAGCCCCGGCGACAGGCAGCCUGGGGUGUGCUGCAGCUGGGAGCCGCCGGUGCCGGGGACGUACUGA